AAAAAGAAUCAAAGUGUUUUUACUUUUUAAUGUGAGUCCUCUUGCCUGGAAGUACAUGGUGAAGUCAGAAUCUUCAGCUGGGAUUUUCUAUAGAAAGUGAUGGAAAAUUUAUGGGAAAGUGAGAUAAGAAUGAACGUGAAUAAUUGAAAUGGCCCGCUAAGAGAGUAAAAACCACUAUUUAGUUACCCUAGCAGUUAUAUCCCUCCCUAUAAUCUCUGUCUUAUCCCUCUCAAGAAAGGAAGGUAGUUAACCCAAAACCAUGGCUUCAGCAGUUGCAAUUGUAUCAUCAUACCCAUGGCUCAACUCCUCUCCUUCUCCUUCAAAGUAUUCAAAAUACCAAUCCUUCCAUCCUCCUCCUUGUCGAGUGGUCUGCCGCGGAGGAGGAUCAGAACUUCCUCCACCAGUAACACCUGACUUCAAGUUUGCUUUGCAUGAUGCCUUGGAUUCUUCUGGAGUCGACACCACUCAUGCCAGAGAAGCAAGGCAAAAUUUCAUGUCACAAAUUAAAGGGUUAUCACGUAUUGAGAGGGAAGUUAGCAUUAGCAUCAACAGACGUGUUGAUUUGGCGAAAACAGCUAUUUAUAUAUCAGCUGAGGAUUUUGCUCUCAUGUCACAGUCUUCACUUGCUCUCCCUGUGGAUCCUUUUAUUGAAAGACUGUUUGAUCUUACCAUGGAGUUUUGUAGAAGCGGUAAGGUUUUGAGGGCAUCGCCAGAGGCCCUUUUGGAUAGUUUGUACAAAUUCUUGUAUGUCGAAAAGGAUUUCCAAAGGAGCAAUGUGAUAAGUAGAUUGGAGCCACAUCCUUUGUAUCUUCAUGCUGUUUUGACAUAUCAAUCAGGUUCCGCUUAUAUGCUUGCACUUAUAUACUCUGAAAUCCUGAAAGUGCUUCGAUUUUGGAGCCUUUUGGACUUUGAUUGUGAGAUUUUCUUCCCACACGACCGGUAUGGUCUUCCAAGGGGCUAUCAUAAGCAGAAAAGUGCAGAGUCUGAUCAUCCACACAUAUUGACAGUGCAAACUCUGUUGGAGGAGAUUUUGAAAAAUGUAAAGGAGGCUUUCUGGCCCUUUCGACAUGAUCAGACUAAGAGUUUAUUCUUGAGGGCUGUGCAUGCAGUCCUUUGUACUGAUAGAUCAAACGUUGUUGAAGAAAGUGGCUUUCAGCUUGAAUCUGCAAAGUCCAGUCACCGUAGGUUGGACCGUGGCACUUUGACCAGUUUGCAUUUGGGGGACUUAAGGCUUGCAUUAUCUGGUACGCAUGUAUACGAUGGUGUUAUUCUUGCAUGUGAGCGUCUAAUACUCCUGGAAUUUGAUCCCAAGGAAUUAAGAGAUUACAGUGUUCUUCUUUACCACUGUGGACUUUAUGAGCAAUCCCUGCAUUAUCUCAAGUUGUAUCAGGACAGAAAGGGUUCUUCCUUACAAAAGCAAGCAUCCAAUGAAUUAAGCAGCUUGGAGGACGAGGCUGGGGAGAAAUUGAUGAUGCGCCUUAACCUCAUUUCAAUGGAGGAAGGUUGGAGCAAGCCCUCGCAUUCUGGAACUUUUCUUCGAAAUAACUCUGAACCAUCCUAGAGGCUAGAGCCUCAUAUCAGACAGCAAGGCAGCAAAGCAGCAAAUUCCAGCACACACAGCAAGCAAAUAUGAGCUAGGAAAACAUUGGUUUGUUAGAUUUGUUUCUGCAUGUCCACGAGGAGAAGGGAAUUUAACAAAGGUCUACAUUGCUUAUUACACGACAAGCACCCUCGGAACCUUAGACAACCGAAUUUCUAAGCUGGUGUUUCAACUUUCAACUUGGGCCUCAAUUUCUCUGCUCUGGCUCUCAUGAGGGAGGUUCAGCUCACCAAUCAAACUGGGAACAGAUUACAUUUUUGAAGGAGGUAGCUUUCAACUCAUCUGAAUAUUACAAAAGAUCUAGCUAGCCACAGUGCCACUAACAUGCAUUGUAUACUGAUGAAGAGCACUUGAUAGAGAAACCGAGCAUGAUAUAUAAAUUUAAAUGUAUGGUGCCUCUUGUUUGUAGUCCCCGCUUGUAAUUUGGCUUCUAGUGCUCUUCUGCACAUGCAGAUAUAAUAUAUAAAUUUGACUUGAAUUA